AUGCUCGGUGCUAGUUACGCCGCUGUACCUCUCUACCGUCUCUUUUGUGCCAACACUGGAUUCAGUGGAACUCCAGUAACAGACGUCACUCGCUUUUCGCCCGAUCGUCUGGUUCCCUUGGACGAGAGAAAGCGAAUCAGGAUUACCUUUGAGAGUAACAUGUCUGACACUCUGGCCUGGUCUUUCAAGCCUGAGCUUAGAGAGGUCUAUGUGGUUCCUGGAGAGACUGCCCUGACCUUUUACCGAGCCAAGAGUUACGCAAAGGAGGAUGUGGUUGGCAUAGCAACAUACAAUGUCACACCCCACAGAGCAGGCUCUUACUUUAACAAGAUUCAAUGUUUCUGCUUUGAAGAGCAGAAGCUAUCCCCAGGAGAGGACGUCGACAUGCCAGUCUUCUUUUUUAUUGAUCCUGAUUUCCUCGAGGACCCUUACAUGAAAGACGUCAAUACAAUUACCUUGGGCUAUACAUUCUUUGACGCAAGGUACGCCAAGAACCUCCAACCACAAAACUCUUGA